GUGGACAGCUGGACACCACGGUUGUUUUGAUGGAAGUGUUCACGGUUUUGUACUUUUCUCUCCACUAUCAUGUCUGUUUUCAUGCUGGGUGAAUUUAUGUAGUUCCUGCUCCUCCGUUUAUGUGGCACUGGACUAUCUGAACGCGUUUUUGACAUUUUUGACAGACAUUUACAGAAAAUCUCAAGAGAUACGUGAAGGUCAUGGUGGAAAACUCUCCUUCUCCUCUGCCUGAAAGAGCCAUUUAUGGAUUUGUUCUCUACCUCGGCUCACAGUUUGGCUUCUUUCUGUAUUGCCUUUGGGCAUUUAUACCGGACGAAUGGCUUCAUUCAAUAGGUCUCACUUACUGGCCUCAAAAGUAUUGGGCUCUUGCAGUGCCAAUCUACCUGCUUGUUGCAUUAGUGAUUUGUGCUGUGAUGCUCUUCGGUGUGAACCUAAACAACACGGCACCACUUGACUCUGUGGACAACAUUACAGAUGUGUAUGCACAAGGUCAGAAGACAGAACGUCCUCGUGAAGGUGGAGUACCCCGACUGAAGGAUGUCUCUAUCUGCGAAGUCAACAGAAUGUUUUAUUUAUCACCUCAAGAUGUUACAAACAGAAACUGAUUGCCCUGUAUUCAGUGUAAUGUAUUUAUGUGUCCGGGGACAGUGUAAAGACGGAAGAAGACAUUAAAAGUCAACUGGCUUUCUGUAAUGAUUUACAUGUCUGUAUUAAGCAAACUGCUGGGUGAAAGGAGAACUAAUAUAAAAUAAAAGCAUAUUUUUUUGGUGCAAAUUAACACAUUUGAUGUCAAAAUCAAAACUAGUCCAUUACAAAAAUAUGAUGCAAUAAAUUGAUAAUAUUUCACCUAUCAUCAACAAGUGUCAGACAGGGUUGGUUGCAUAUAUUUGUACAGACAGACAAAGUAAAGAGAAAUAUUUUUUAUUUGAAACUGGAGGUAAACUAUGUUAGUCACAGACUGAUUUCUUAAAAAAAAAAAGUUUUCAUGUCAAAGAUAUUUGAAUACUUUCAACAAUAUUGUGAUACAUUCUUCUCAGUCAGGGGAAAUGCAUGUGUCUUCCUAGGAGGGAACUGAAAGUUACCCU